AUGCUUGGAGAUUAUUUUAAUGCAAUUGCUUAGACUGAUAAAGCUUUGUCAAUAGAUUUAAAGAAUGUCAGCUCAUUAUGCACUAAAGGUAAUUAUCCUUUUUCAAUAUAGGUGAAUCAUUAAGAAUUUUGGGUAAGUAUAAUGAAGCUAUAAAUAUAUUAGACCAAGCGUUGAAUUGUAAUCCACAACUCUAUUCGUCUUUAUUUGUAUAUUACUGAUGCUUUAAUUGGAGAGACUGUUCAUAAACUUGCAUGCGUCGUGUUAGUUAUGUAUUUUUGUGGAUUUUGUUUGCCCCACCACAAUCCCUCUUGGAGUCAAUGUUCAAAUUAUUGCUCGCAUAAACUUGUACCGCAGUUAAGAAGUAUUAAUCCUUUGCAUGAUUUAUAAAACGCUGUCUCUAUAGCUACUGUUUAUUCUUCUACUAAUUGAAGAUAUGCUAUUAUACUUGAUGCACUAAAUGCAUGCUCCUAUUCUUAAAGUUUACAGCUUCUAAUGUGUUAAUUCAUGA